AGCAACCUCCCUGUGUCUGUGCUGCAGGUGCGGCUGUGGAGGCACGCCGGAGCAUGGAGGAGCGGGGAAGGAGCACCUUACAGCACGCUGGUGCCAUCUGACGAAGUAACUGUUAUUCACAGACACGGUCUUCCUGUAGUAACUCUUACGCUGCCCACAAGAAGUGAACGCUGUCAGUUUGCUGUUAAGCCAAUGGUGACCACCGUAGGGGCAUUCCAAAAAGAUAAAGGAAUUGAGAAGGCAGAAGUCUUUGCAACAGAUGGUAGCAAGGUCUGUGAUGCAACGUUGAUGGAGGUCCUAUUGAUGAAUGACUUUAAACUUGUCAUCAACAACACAGCAUACAGUGUGUCACCUCCUGUAAAAGAGAAGCUGAGUAGUGAGCAUGCUACUGAAAUGGAAGAUAUCAAAUCAUUGGUUCACAGACUGUUUGUGGCUCUACACUUAGAAGAUCACCAGAUCAGGAAAGAGAGGGAAUUGCUACAGAAACUAGACCAUCUGAAAGAAGAGCUGCUGCCUCUUGAACAGAUGAAAGCCAGAAUCACGGACAGUGCAAAUGCAAAGACCUCCAGGCUUCUAUGGGUUGGCUUAGCUCUGAUGUCAACACAGGGGGGAGCAUUGGCGUGGCUCACGUGGUGGGUCUAUUCAUGGGACAUCAUGGAGCCAGUCACAUACUUCAUCACUUAUGGGAGUGCCAUGGCUUUCUAUGCCUACUUUGUUCUUACUAAACAGGACUACAUUUACCCUGAUGCUAAAGACAGGCAGUUCCUCCACUACUUCUAUCGGAAAUCCAAAAACCAGCAUUUUAAUGUGGAACGAUAUAACAAGCUCAAAGAAGACCUAGCAGAGGCAGAAGAAUCCCUGAGGCGUCUGCGCCAACCUCUGCAUCUGAGGCUUCCAAUCCAGGAAAUCAGUGACAAGGACUGAAUUUGGUUUUGUAUAUAUUAGAAUUGCCUUUUCAAAGCCGAUAGGAACAUUUAGUUACUCUAUAGAAACUGGAUAUUUUUGACCACUAUAGUUUUGAAAGUUGCAAUAAAUACCUAUAAAAAUGAUUUG